AUGUGCUGGUUAGUUGAUAGUUUAUUGAUAUGAUAGCAAAUGUAGGAAAAUGGUCAAGAAAUCAAACUUUGCAAGCUCAGGGGCGGACUGACAACUCAUGGGGCCCCCGGGCAAUAGGGGAUCAUGGGGCCCCUGUGUCCUUGCCCAAACUCAAAAAAGCCUAUGAAAAAAGGUACCAGGGGCAUCUCAUGGGGCCCCCUACUGACCCCGGGCCCUCGGGCAGUGCCCGAGUUCCCAAAUUGUCAGUCCGCCCCUGGGCAAGCUGCUAA